AACGUCAGUUGUCAAUCUGGUGAUCGCUUCAAUAUUGUGGUUUUAUAUUUUGUGUUAUGUUUACUUGGCGAUAUAAUUACUUAAGAAGAAUAAUUGUACGUCAUUGAAACAACAAUACGCUUAACAGUAUCUAACUAUUGCAAUAUUUGUAUAGUUAUGUUUUACGUAAAGAAGUGGCGCGGAUAACGGAUGCAUUUCCUCCAUUCUUAUGCCUUAAACGUAUUGUAACGUUUGAAAUCGUGAUGUUAUUGUUAAUCGGAAGUAAAGAUGCCUUUUAAGUUGAAGUUGAAGAAGACUCGUCAGUACAAUGUAGCUUCAAAGAGUUUAUUCGUGAUCAGUGUUGAAUUGUUAGACGGCGGGGUUGCGGAUUGCACUCUUUCCGUGGACAGCACGGGUCAAGAAUGCCUAGAUAAUGUAUGCCAGCGGCAGGCUAUCAAUCAGCCUGAGUUUUUUGGCUUGCGAUACGUAAAUCGUAGUCAACAGCCACGAUGGGUCCAAUUGGAACGCCCUUUGAAACGUCAGUUGGACAAAUACGCCUCUUCCCACCAAUUAUAUCUUCGUGUAAUGUAUUAUGUCAUAUCUGGCACCAGUUUGAUUACGGACGAAGUCACGCGAUACCAUUACUUUCUCCAGCUAAAGAAUGAUUUAAUUGAGGGGCGUAUAAUCUGUGAUUGUCAACAAGCUGUUGUAUUAGCGUCGUACAGCCGGCAAGCUGAGUACGGGAAUCAUGAUAAGGAGAGACAUACUGUGGAGUACUUGAAGAAUUUGCUGACAUUCCCUAAACAAAUGCUAGAUGGAGGUCAGAUAAUUGACGGUAGUACAUUGGCGGAGACUGGACGACUAGAAUGGCUCACCGCAGCUGUUAUACAACAUCACAUGUCCCUUCAUAAUAUGUCACAGGCGCAAGCGGAGGAAGGGUUUAUCAGCGCAUGCCAACAGCUGCGCGGCUAUGGACAGGAGAUGUUUAGCGCCCGCGACCAGCUUGACCAGAGCGAGGUUACACUGGCCGUGUCGCUCACCGGUAUACGUGUCCUCACCGAGACAAGUGACACGCCCACCUUCUACAGAUGGAUGGAUAUAACAAAUGUUAUCAAUCACAAGAGGACGUUCAGCGUGGAAUGUCAGCGACCCUUAGGUUCAGCAGCGUUCGUUCUCCCCAGUCCUGAAGAUGGGAAGUACGUGUGGAGGAUGUGCGUGCAGCAGCAUACCUUCUACAUGAGACAUCGACCAGCUCUCACCACCAACCAUGUGGUGCAUGAUGAACCACGACCUAACUUCCAGGAGCACGGUCUGUCGGAGAGUCGUGAGGAGCUGGACGUGCGGGAGUGUGCGGGCGCGGGGUCCCGCCUGGAGCCACUCACUGCCGCUCACCGCGCUCAUUCCACCUCCUGCCUCGAACUGGCCGACCACCCGCCGCAGCCAAUGCACAGGAACAGGGCCCUGCUUCCUUCUUACCGACCCGCGCCUGAUUACGAAACGGCGAUCCAACAAAAAUAUCAGCAGCAAAGAGCAGAGGCACAAAUACGAUAUCAGAAUCACCACACCCACUCACAACUCCUCGCUAGCUCCGCCAAGCCCCUUGUGUACGGCUCCCACCCCGACAUCCCCGGCAUACACUAUCCCGAUGUAACCCGCCAUACAGUCUCCGUCAACCAGGGGGUCGCCACCACCGAAAACUACGGCCUCAAGUUCGUAGCCAACUAUCCCUUUGCCGUCAACCCUAACGUCCAAACCGACCACGCCCUCCACUACGUUAACGUGUACAAGCCUCCACCCCCUUACCCUUCCAACGGCCUAGUCUCCAACUCCACCCCGGACCUCGCGGUCGCCAGCCAGGCCCUCAACUACCACAGGGGAUACAUCAACAACCACGUGUCCGGCUCCAGUCCGGACCUCGUCUCCACCAGGUCGGCCAUCAACAGACAGUACCUCGGGUACCUGAACCAAGGUCAUAACGUCGUCAGCUACGCCCGACCCAACAUGUUGCCGGCAACACACGGCACCUACAACAAUCUCACAUCAGUCCUAGACCCGAACCCCCACAUUAUAAUUGACCCCCACCAUAUAUCAGAUAAUAUACAAAAAGUAUAUGACGAAAGAGGUAACAUUAUGUACUCGAUGCCGAUGAGAAGGAUAUCCUACCAACGACAUCUCGUGUUACCUCAGCAGCAAAUCAAAAUCACCGACACACAGGAACCGAUAUACGAAAACGUGCCUCUACCCUGGCAGAGCGAGAGAACGAUGCGAGAUAGAGCACAAAGUCUGACCACAACAGAUGAAAUAGCACGACAAAACGAAAGGAAUAACAGCCAUCCAACAAUAAACAGCUAUGGAAACCCAAAACCGAUGAAUGUACCGAACUAUCGUCUCCCAGUUAAAAUAGAAACAGAUAACCAUUACGUGAACGCACAAAUAAUUAAAGGUGUCAGAGAAACGAGUGUGCCAAAAGAUGAAUCUAGUCGAAACAAGACUGAUGAUGAUCCUAACAUAGCAAUAGAUAAAUUAUCUAUACAGACAGACGAGAAAGAUGAUUAUGAAACUCCAUACCAGAGUUUAUCAACCCAUAAAACAAAUAUAAGUAAAUCUUCAGAUAAUGUGACGUCAAUAAUUAUACCUGAUAUAAAAAUAGGACAAAACAAUAAUAUCUCUCAAACUAGUAUCACAGAUUCUAAUGCUAACACAACAUACACUAGUGUCGAUUUGGAAAACUCUAAAAACAGUGUAAGCAGUAAAGAGAAAAAACGAAGACGUUGGGGAGUGUUUAUGGGCCGGAAUAAGAAUGUUGAAGUUAAAAGUGCUACGUUAGGAAGGGACAGAGCUAAAGUGAAUCAAACUCAACCAGCUAACAAACACCGGUGGUCAACCGGUCUGCCAAAAUUCCAGCCUCUACCUCCCAGCAUAACCAAAGAAACUCUGUGUCAACUCCUGGAGCGCAAGAUGUGCGAAGAUCAGCUGUCGUUCGCAUUCGAGCAGAUCCCGAAGGGGCGCGAGGGGGCGGGGCAUGCGCUGGCCACGCCCCCCGCCGCCGGCGACGACCACCUCCCCUACGAGGACAACCGCGUGCGUCUGCAUCCCACACCUGACAACCCUCACGGAUACAUCAACGCCUCACAUAUCACUAUGACAGUGGGCAGUUCGCAACGUUUCUAUGUGGUGAUAAAGUGCAAGGGGCAGAGCGCGGGUCAGGUGUGGGCGUGCGUGUGGCAGGUGGGCGCGCGGCUGCUCGCGCACGUGGGCGAGGACCCGCCGCCCUACCUGCCGCACGACCAGACCGCCACUGACUACGGACAGUACAACGUGACGGCGUCGCGUACGUCGGAGGCGGCGUGGGGCGGGUCUGUGCGGGUGCGCGUGCGGCGCGGGGCGGGCUCGGCGGCGCGCACGCGCUCUCUCUGGCUGGUGCACUUCGCGCGCUGGCCUCCGCCGCAACCAGCACCCACUGAUGUCGCACUCUUCUCAGAUUUCUUAAGUGAGCUGAACGGUCUCCGUGUGGUGUGCGAGGCGGAGGCAAGCGAGGAGAAGCAGCCGCUGGCCUCGCGCAACGCUCCACUCGCGCUGAGCUGCACCGCGGGCGCCGGCCGCAGCGGCCUCGCGCUCGCCGCUGAUGUACUGCUGCAUGUACUGGAUACCAACCAGGAGUUGGACAUCCCGCGCACCAUCGGCCUGCUGCACCAGCAGCGCGCCAGUCUGGUGCAGAACGUGCAGCAGUACCGCUUCCUGCAUCAGCUGCUGCUGCAUCACCUCAAGAGAUCCAGGCUUAUAUAACCCUGGAACCACUCUCUAACAUGGUGAGUCACGUGUUUCUGGAAGAAGAAACUUUAUUUGAAGAAAGAAGGGGAGAGAAGACAAGGGAAUUGUUAUUCCCUGUUUGUUUUGUCCUCUGUCUCUUUGUAAACUUUUAAGGUAUUGAAUUUGGCUACGAUGAUAUGAUUUGAAAUAUCGAGAAAAUUCGUUUUCUAUAUCUGCCCAACCUCUCAUGUACGAGGAUCGAUGGUGAAAAAGAUAUAGUCGAAAUAAAAUACGAUUGAAAAUAAUCAAAUUUUAAAACAUUUUUUUACUUUUCUUUGAAAACUUCAUAUUAGAAAGUACAAUACAUAAUGUUUUCUAUAUAUCACACAAUUUUAUAUAUUUUAAUAAAUUCUACUUGAAUAAAAUCCUAAUAAUUUAAUCUAAUUACAUGAAUAUUUAUUGUAAAGCAGUUUCAAAAAGUCUCCUUCUCACUGGAGUUGAAUAUAGUAGUCACUGUUUGCCUUGAGGUGGUCGAGCGCAGAUUUCACUUACCCUAAACCUCGUUUAAGAGUAACUAAGCUUGAGGGCUCCCUCAGGAACCUCGGUUCGGGCUGUUACUUCGUUGUUAUUACCUGAUUGGGACUGAUUACAUCAUGGUGCGAGUCAAUUUUAAUGAAAUCCAUUCGUCAGGUCGAUACAUAUAACAAAUAAAUUAAUAUCGCGAUCUAUCAAUCAACUACGCCAUCUAUUGACAUAAUAUCACAGUUAACAUUCUGACAUAACAUACGAUAUUGAUUCCUAACUAGCUGUCGCCCGCGACUCCGUCCGCAUGGAUAUAUAAAAAACUUAAUAUAUAGAUA